AUAAUUAAAAAGGUGUUUUCAGUUGUCUACAAAGUUCACCUCAUGCGGAACCAAAAAAAAGGUGUUGUUGUGUUUACCCGGAACUCUUGUCGGUCGGACCAAGUGAGCGGAAGUUGUGUUCCUUGCUUGCGGAGGUCAAGUAGAAUUGGGACAUCGAGAAUAAAGCGUGGACUGAGGAGCAGCUCCUAAACAUCAAACAUGGCGAAGAAAAAGCGACUUCGCCUCAUCGCAGAAAUGGCUCGGAAGAUCCGGGCGUACCGGGAGCUCAAGUCCCGGCCCCGGGACUCCCAGAGGUUCGCCCUGGACUAUGAGACGAUGAAGCGGCCUCUAACCGGGAAGAUGCUGCCGGUUCUGGCCUGGCAGGAUGUCCACAGGGAGAGUCGCCUAUUCUCUUUGUUGGCAGGCAUGAGGAUGUUCGGGGUUGGUCGCCUCUUUACCCGCAAGUCCUGGCUGGAGGACCACCCAGAGCCCAGCUAUUGGGAGAUCACCAAGGUCAAGGUGGACUACACGGCAGAGAACAUGGAUCAUGGCAAGGCAUGGGGGGUCCUCACCUACAAAGGAAACAAGGAGAGCGAGGUCAAGGAGGUGGACAAGGUGAUGUACCAUGACUGGCGCUUGGUUCCCAAAUACAUGGAGCAACAGCUGAAGGACUUUCAGCCACUCCCCGAGCCACCCGUGCAGUACGUCCCUUUCCCUCCCCUGCUCCGCGCCAUGAUGCUGGCAGAACACAAGAAAGCAUUCGGCCGCAUGUUGGCUGAGGAGCCGGCUUUGCCUUUAAAGAGGGACGUCCUGCUCAACAGAGACUAUUUCACCAAUCUGGAACAAGAGAGGCAGAGGACAGAGGGGACAGCGGUGUGAUACUCCUGGUUCAGAAGCGGAAAAUCUUCGACACUUUGGACAAAAAUCAGUGUGAAGAAGUCAUAACUUCUUCUGUCCUUGUACACUGAAGCCCUCGCCUCAAUGUCUGGCUAAAUAACGUUGGUUCUCUGCUUCUUUCAUCUGAAGCAGGCUUCUCUAUGUAAAUGUGUCUGUGUGAUGUGGUUAAUAUAAAAUUUGAGAUCAAAUAUAGCUGUGAUCAUUGUA